AUGUUGAAAUUAGUGUGUAUCAUUCUUGUUUUAGUCUUCGUGGCUGUCAACAGUCAUCCUCAGGGUGGUCGUAAACCUGAACAUGGAGGACACCAUGGACCACAUCGUCCUGAACAUGGGUCAAUCGAAUGCGGAGAACAUGGCAAACAUCUAGGUCACCCAGGAAAACAUCCAAAUCGUCCAUGUCAUCAUGGACUACAUACUUUUCGUCCAACAAGCUCUACAUUAGCAACAACUCAAGAAACAGAAGCAGCAACUCAAGAACCAGCAGCAACCCAAGAACCAGUUGCAACUCAAGAACCGGCAGCAACUCCAGAGGGAGAAACUCAACAACCAGCAGUAACUCCAGAAUCUGAAGAAGCAACUCAGCAACCAUUGUAG